AUGUUUAGAUAUGGCUUUAAAAAUGAUUUUCUAUGUCCAUGUAAGAAUCAUACGUAUGAGGUGCAUGUGUGCGCAUGUUAUCUUGCCUUACGACAUAUUAUAUUUCAAUUAGUUGGAGAGGAAGAAGAAGAAACGGUACUAGUUCCAGUACAGACAGUUGAAAGAGACUUUAAUUGUAAAGAACUGAAAUUAAGACCAUACCAAAAUAAGUUAUGUGAAAAUGCUUUGAAUGGAGAAAAUGUAAUAAUAUGUGCACCAACGGGAAGCGGUAAAACUUUUGUAGCUACAAAAAUCAUUAUGGAACACUUCAAUUCACGGGCAAGGCGAGGUAUAUGUAAAGUAGCAUUUCUUGUCAAUCAAGUAGCUUUGGCAGAACAACAAAGUCGUGUACUUAAAGAAUAUUUGAAUCAACGGAUUGAAAUAAUGACUGGUGAUACUCAGUCCACAGAUCGAGUAACAUUGGCUAAAUUAUUACCAAUAACGGAUAUUAUAGUUAUGACAGCACAAAUUUUUGUAGAUGCUAUUACAGAAAAAGAAAUUGAAGAUGUAACAUUGUUCUCAUUAAUUAUAUUUGAUGAAUGUCAUCAUACUAAAGCUCGACAUCCAUAUAACCAAUUGAUGAAUAGAUAUAUCGAUUUAAAGCUUAAAAAGUCUGGCGGAACACCGAGGAUUGUUGGGUUAACAGCAUCUUUAGGUGUUGGUAAAGCCUCUGCGGUAAAGGGAGCUGUGGAUCAUAUCGUAUCAUUGUGUGCCAAUCUUGAUGUCAGUAUGAUAUGUACACCUGAUGAAGGUGCAGCAGAUGAUAUGGCAAAAUAUGUCAAUACCCCUAUAACAAGAUUUAAAAGAGCACCUGGGCGUAAAAAUGAUCUUUUCCAUAAAACUGUUGCUGAAAUAAUGAAUGAUAUUGAAAAAGAUAUGAAAGAGUCUCCAUGUAAGUUUUGUGUAAAUCACAUUAUUUUAUUUUUCGCACCAAUUCAAAGUGAUUCGUUUUAUGAAAAUGUUGACCAAAUUUAUAAUUCAGCUUUGAUUAUUAAUAAUGACUGUCGGAGUAAAGAUAGUUUGCAAUACAUUGAGGAUGAACUAAAAAAAAAGAUUACUCCUAACCAAUCUACAGAUGCCAGACAGAAACUUAUGACCUAUUUUGAGAGUAGACAGAAACGGCUACAUGACUUAAGCAAGAACAAUACUAAUCCAAAGCUAGAGAAACUGAAGGAAAUGAUCAUUGAAGCUUUUGAGAUGAAUCCUGAUUCCCGAGCUAUCGUAUUUGCUAAAACAUUGUCUUUGGUUCAAAAAUUGAAGAACUGGAUUCAAGAAACACCGGAUUUAUCAAACCUGAAUCUUAACCCAGAAACAGUAACCGGGGCUCGUGCCUCUUCAGACCAAGGAGGGAUGACGAAAAAUCGACAACUUGAAGUUUUGGAAUGCUUUAAAGAGGGUAGUGGAAAACUUAUCAUAGCUACAUCAGUUGCUGAAGAAGGUUUAGAUAUACAAAAAUGCAAUCUUGUCAUCCGCUAUGAUCAUGUUACCAAUGAAAUAGCCAUGGUUCAAUCACGUGGUAGAGCAAGAGCAGAAAACAGUCAGUUCAUGGUAGUGACAGCAGAUGAUUCCAAAUCGGAAAAGAAAGAACAAAUGAAUUUAUCCAGAGAAUUGAUGAUGAGACAAGCUAUAUUGAAGAUAAGUGAAUUAGAACAGAGUACGUUGGCUCAAAUGGUAUUGAGUCACCAGAACAAAGCACAGAUAGUUCGCGAUUCUGAAAAGAGAGUACGACAUGGCCGCAUAAUAGAUGAUUCUGAGUUUGAAUUGAGAUGUUUUCAGUGUAAUACUUUGGCCUGUUUCUCUUCGGAUAUUAGAACUAUCAAACACUCGUCGUAUACAGUUCUGUCAGAUAAUUUCAAUAAUUCCUACAAAACCCGAGAUCACCCCGACCCUGUUGAGUUUAAAGCUGGCUUCAUGAAAAAAUAUAAAAUCUGCUGUAAAGAGAAAGACUGCAGGCACGAUUGGGGCAUUAUAGCCAUUUACCUAAACACAGAGUUUCCUCUGAUUAAAAUUGAGAGUUUUGUCAUUGAGGAUAGUAAUGGCAAGAAAACGACCGUAAAAAAAUGGAAGAGUGUACCAUUUCAAAUACCCGAAAUGAGCGACGACGAUUUAAGAAGACGAUUAGCUGACUCGAGUGGUAACAGAUCGGAUGAUGACUCAGGAGACGAUUUAAAUUGA